CAUCUAUAAAUUUUAAUGAUCUACUUGAAAUAUUGUUACAGUGAUGAAUGGUAUUCCUAUGUAACAUUUUAUUCAGCGAGAGCAGCUACAUUGGCAGUACAAGAGAAUGGAAAGUUAAUUUUUGGGGGACAGCGUUUGAAGAUAAUAUAUUCCCCAUUUCCAAGGCCAAAGCAGACAAUUGCGCUUUCUCUUGGAAAGGCACAAGAAUUGUUAACCUAUUACUUUGGGUUUAAUUGCUGGACUUCUGAGGUAGUUUUUUUGGAGAGAGAGUUAGAACCUGCUGAACCUAACUCAGUUCAGUACUUAUGCUUGGUUCGUGUGAAGAUGCCCAAAGAAGGUCUUUGCAGUGAGGGUCUUGGACUAAGCAGUGUCCCUUGUAACAUGAGUUCGCCAGUCUCCCGCGGAAGUGCUUUUUCAUGUUCACAGAAGUUUGCCAUGCAUGCUGCUAUGAAAUCUGCUUUUUCCAAAUUCAUAAUUAUUGUCUUGAGCAAUGGAAAAGUGACAGUUGAAGUUGAUACAACAAAGCAAGAACCUUUGAUAUAUGAUUCUGCUUGGGAUAAGCCUGUCGUGAAG